AUGCGUCACAUCCUGGGCUGCCCCCGUGAGAUCCGCGACCUCAUCUACGACCAUCUUAUCCAAGACUUCAUCAACGAUGGAGAUAUUCCAUCAUCUUGGGGCGCUGAUUACUACCAGGUUCCGUACCAUGAAGUUGGCGGGAUCGCUCGUCGCAUGCGGCCCAAGUAUGUGGUCGACAUCCUCUUGGUUAAUUCGCAGAUCCGCAACGAGUUCGAGUACGCGCUUCGCAAGCACACUCACGCCAUAGUGUUCCACCAUUACCAAGGCAUUGCCGACCCUUGCUGGGGCAAGUGGUCUAUGAAGACGCCAGUUGCCCAUCGUAUGCGUUCGCUUGAGCUCCAGACUAUCAUCACCCGCGAGGCGAGCUCCGAGUUCCAGUUUGCCCAUUCGGACUAUCGUUGCGGUCUUUUGCACGACUGCCUCGAACACGACUACCAAGACAUGGUGAACAAGCUUCCGACCCUCGAGCAUCUCACUCUCACCAUAGGCAUUGAUAAUGCCAACUUCUUAGUCAUUCUUUGCCAGAAUAAAACGCUGGUCAUAGAGCGCUUCCUCAAGUUCCUUCCCGCCGCCUUCGACCACCUCAAUUCUGUCAAGAAAUCUGUCGUCGUUGGGACGUCUCCUCAGCCCACCUUAGAGAUCGCCUACAGGAUUGACAAGAGAGACCAAGACGGACGCCUUAUCAGUCCACCCGAGAUCCUUACCCGCGAUAUUGCUUUCUGGCAAGUGGAAUUUCCCAAACCUCUAAUUACCCUUUCAAUAUACCGAAAUCACAUUGAUAUAGUACACAGGUACAUUUUCUCCAACAAGGUUGUCAGGAAGAAGAAGUUGCUCUGCGUGCUGGCACCGUUCGUAUACCGUCUCGGUAUCAGCCCUCUCUCGCCCUUCUACGAACACACAGUCUUGUACGAGCGGUGGGACGCCGCCGGCAAGCCGACUGUCGACACACUUUUGAACAUCCACAAGCUUCAUGAGAAGCAACAGGCGGCCAAUCAACAUGAUGAGAAGGUCGAGCGGAAGAUCGAUCAGAAGAUUGAGCGGAAGAUGGGAAAAGCCCAGUACAAGAUCAAGGUUAUCAAUGCAGAGAUCAAGAAAGCCGAGAAGAGGAUCGAAAUGGCCCGGCAGGAAAUCAGGGUGACUGAGAAGGAGCUUAAGAAUGUCCAGCAGAGGACCAAGGAAGCUCAUCGCAGGAGGACGAAGAAGAAGCUUUGCAGGAAUGCGAAGCCCAAGGGCAAGAUUGUACGGGGUUUCAAGAAGGUGAUGGGCUUCCUGCUGUUCGGCCUGCGUGGAUAGUGAAGGGAUAUCUGCAAAGGCAACACAGUGGCUUGGGGUUGAGAUGCUUACGAUUUGAUUCACGGUUUGGCUUGU